AGCCGUGAUUUCUACCUCCAGCCAUGAGUUGACAGCUUUAGUAAUAGGGUGCACUGUUGGAGCUACUAAUGUUGAGCAGCAGAUGAAAGAAAUUCAGGAGCCUGGGAAAGGCUCAAAAGGAAGGAAAGGGCAGCUGGCAAUGGGAUCUCCUCCAAGGAGAGCCAAAGGGGAUCAAACUGUGUUCCGAGUCCACAAAGGAGUAAAAACAUUUGCCUUCAGUAAGAGAAACAAUCUCCUUGUGACGGGAGGAAUGGAUCGAACCGUCCGGCUGUGGAACCCCUAUGUGCCCAGCCAAUGCAUAGGCAUGCUCAGAAGCCACACAGCACCGAUCUUUUACCUCCAUAUAUCUGAAGAAGAUGCUAAAAUUAUAUCUGUGUCCACAGAUAACAUGAUUAAGAUCUGGGAUGCUGAGGACCAGAGCUGCUUGUUUUCAGCUUGUUCAAAAGCAAGCGGAAUCAAGGGCGAGCUCUCUGCUUGCCUCUAUGCACCUGGCACGCAAUCACUUUAUGUUGCUGCAGAUGCACUUGCUCUCCUUUAUCUGAAAUUGAGGCCUCUUCCAGAGCCUCACUUGGUAGUUUCUCACGUGGAGCCUGUUCUGUGCUGCAAGUAUAACAGAGCAUUCAGGCAGGUGGUGAGCUGCUCAGAAGGAUCUGUAAUUAAAGUGUGGGAUUUUGAAACAGGUAAGCAGUUAUUUGAAUUCACCAGUGCUCAUGGAGAGGCAGCAAUCACCUGUUUGACUUUUGAUGGCAGUGGAAGAAGACUGGUUACAGGAGGCCGAGAUGGAUGUUUGAAGAUAUGGAAUUACAAUAAUGGGCACUGUCUGCAUACUCUGAAGAGGGAAGGAAAGUGUGACGAGAUCUGUGACUGCACGUAUGUGGAGGUGAAUGGGAGCAAGUGUAUUGUAGCUGUUGGAUGGGACAGAAGAAUAAACGUGUACUUUGACUCCACAGAGGAGCUUCAUCAUGUUCAGAAACCUCAGCCCUUUUGGCAGGAUGACAUAACCCAAGGUCAUAAAGAGGAUAUCUUGUGUGUUGCUCAUUGUCCACCAGCUCUGCUCGCCACAGCUAGUUACGACGGUGAAAUUAUAGUUUGGAACAUGAGCUCUGGCUGUGUCUACUGCAAACUUCACACUCCACUUCCUACUGACUGCACUGAGGGAGGAGACACAAGUGUUACUCAAGUUGUAUUUCUAAGGACUCGCAUGACUACACUUGAAUCUGGAGCAGCAACUCUCAUUUCCAACGGGCCUCAAGGUUCUCUCAGCUUCUGGAGUCUGCUCAGCGGAGCCCCACCUCCAGCAACCUUCAUACCUUCUAGAGUGAAAUCUCCAAUCAGCAGCAUAGCUGUCACUCCUGAUGAUUCGUUUCUUUAUGCAGCCGAUAGUGAUGGUUAUGUGUAUGUCUACAGCAUCAAGGAUUAUGCCCUUGGGAAUCCAGAGCAGGAGCCCCCACAAUAUAUGUCUGAUACUACCUGGAGCUUCAGUUCAUCGAAACAAGCAGCUGGGUUACAACAUCAGCACCGUCGCAUGUGGCCCAGAUUAGAGGUGAUAGAUGAAGAUAGAGUCCUGUUGUCCUCAUCUAUAGAUUGCGCAGUCCGCCUGUGGAGUUUGGAUGGAGAAUACAUUGCUCAUAUGUUGUCAUCCUGCUUUCUGCCCUUCCUCUUCCCAGAAGAAAGUUUAUUCAAAGAUUUCCUAUGA